UGGGAAGUGGAGAAAGAAGCAGCCAGGUUUUGCACUAUGGCUCAAGUUGCAAGAGCUCAUGCGUGGGAUUCUUCUUUCUGAGGCUGACCACGAAGGUAAAGUGAAUUGGAGGGAUCAGAAGCAAGGUCUGCAAAAGACAUCCUGGGAUGUGCAGUUUGGAGUAAAGCUUUGACUCAAGAUGUUUGCAGCACAGUGCAUGCGCCUGGUGCUUCGUCGCUGUUCCUCUGCUCCACGUCCUAAGCCUGCUGUGGCUCACAAGUUACUCCGUGUCCAGGAAGCUCUGGAAGUCCAGAACCCAACUGGGAAUGACAUUAAAGUCCAGGGCUGGGUGCGUUCUGUCCGGUCCCAGAAAGAAAUCCUGUUUGUGCACAUCAAUGACGGCUCCUCUUUGGAAAGUCUCCAAGUGGUUGCAAACCCAAGGCUGGAAUCCAGGGAGCUGACUUUUGGAAGUUCGGUCGAAGUGCAAGGGAAGUUGAUCAAAAGUCCUCACAAAAGGCAGAAUGUGGAGCUGGCAGCAGAAAGCAUUCGGGUCGUGGGAUCUUGUGAUGGUCUGGUAUUCCCUCUGAAGUACAAAACACACCAGUCUUUCGAAUACCUCCGUCAGUUCCCUCAUUUCCGGUGCAGAAGUAAUUCUCUAAGUGCCCUUCUGAGGAUACGCAGCGAAGCUACGGGAGCCAUCAACUCCUAUUUCAAGGACAACGGAUACCUGCAUAUCCAUACGCCAAUCAUUACCUCGAAUGACUGCGAAGGCGCUGGGGAAGUCUUCCAAAUCGAGUCUGCAAACGAAGACAAAGAACCUGAAGAAAACCCCCAUUUCUUCAAUAUUCCUGCAUUUCUCACAGUCUCUGGGCAACUCCACCUGGAAGUGAUGGCGGGGGCAUUCACCAAGGUCUAUUCUUUUGGUCCAACCUUCCGUGCCGACAAUUCCCAAACUCGUAAGCACUUGGCCGAAUUUUAUAUGGUGGAGGCAGAGCUGGCCUUUGUUGAAAACCUACAGGAUAUCAUGCAGAUUAUGGAAGACCUUUUCAAGAGAGUGACGGAGAUGGUGUUGUCCAAAUGUCCUCAUGACGUUGAGCUCUUUCAUAAACACGUAGCGCCUGGACAAAAGGCCAAGCUAGAAAAGAUGCUGAACAAGCAAUUCAUAAAAAUGCCAUAUACGGAAGCCAUAGAAGUUUUAAAAGGAGCUCGGGAAGACUUCAUUUACAAACCAGAGUGGGGCCAGGAUCUUCAAAGUGAACAUGAGAAAUACUUGUUGAAACACUGUGGCGAAAUCCCCGUAUUUAUUUUCAACUAUCCCUAUGACCUGAAACCAUUCUAUAUGCGGGACAAUGAAGAUGGUGUCCAUCACACGGUUGCAGCAGUUGAUCUUCUGGUACCAGGAGUCGGGGAGCUUUGCGGAGGCAGCUUGAGAGAAGACCGGUUGGAUUUUCUCCAGUCCCGCCUUCAGAGGUUGGGACUCGAAGACACCUAUCAAUGGUAUCUAGAGCUGCGUCAGUUUGGAUCCACACCUCAUGGCGGGUUUGGAAUGGGCUUUGAGCGCUACCUCCGUUGCAUUUUGGGAGUCGAAAACAUCAAAGACGUCAUCCCGUUCCCUCGAUACCUUCGCUCCUGCAUCUUGUAGCAUUUGCCUUGUUUCCUGAGAAUGAGACUCUCUUUUUUCUGAAUUUAUGGCAUGGAAAGAUGGCAGAAAUGCAACGCUGUUGGGAAGACAGUUGAAUCCUUCGACUUUAUCUUUCAAGCUUGGACAAUCUUGUGGUCAUCUUUGUUCAAUUUUUGAAAUUCAGGCUAGUUUUGUAUUAUAUUCAUGUACAGAUUUUUCAAAACCUGUUCUUUCCUGGCUCUGAAAAUCAAUUGACCCUUUGCUGGAGUGAAUAAACUUCACUGGGAAUGUAUUUAUUUACCUGAUUUUUCCCCCUUGGCUUUGAUGACUCUGAACCAGGAAUGAUAAGAAGCAUAAUAAGGUGAUCACAGAACACUGUAAAUAUCAGAAGAGCUGUCAGAGAGUUACACACUUAUGGCUAUUUUUGUGAUACGAUGGUUUGCUUUGGAAAGUAAUGAUAAGAGGGAGUCCCCAUCUCACACAAACACACACCCUUUGAAAAUCAGGUCAAGCUUAAAUGGGUAAUUGAAAGUGACACUCCUUUGUUACACAUCAGAAAGGUUUUAAUAUGUUGUUGUUCCAAACUGUGAGAGCAGAUGUGUCAAUCUUGCACAAGAUAAAUUGCAGAUGGGCAAAUCUGGGUCAAGAUACUGGUGUGAGGUUUUAACUCUUCAUGGCCUCCAAUGCACAAAAAGCAAAGUCCCGGUCUUGAUUGGAGCCAUACUCCUCUCCCUUUACUUGCGUCCCUUAACUCCAUCAGGGCUUUUACCCAAUCAAGGUAUUAAACAUGGAACUGCUUAAUCCGUAUAUCUGGUGAUCUCAGCAGAACAGGCAAAAGUUCGUCCUCUCACACCUCCCUAGGUCAGAGUUCUCAUAAUGAAUUUGGUCCUCCAUACCCAUAAUUUAAGCAA